CGACUACUGACAACGCACAGGUGAAUAUUGGAUCUACUGUUCUCUCCAGACAAGGGAUCUCCCAUUGCAUGCUAACGCAGCCCUACGGUUGGUUCUGGGCAUUCGUGGUUUCAGGAUGGAGCCAUCAGCGCCUCUCCCUAAGCCUACCAUCGAGCAGCUACGCUAUGUAGUGAACAACUUUCCAAUCAUCGACAGCCAUGCGCACAACCUGAUCCUACCGGCCUACCUCGACACGAUACCUUUCGAGUCUAUUACCUCCGAAGCCCAGGGACGAGCGUUGAGAGACACUUUCAAGUCGCUCUCUCAUCUCAGGGCGGCUCGCCAGCUCCGGCAACUUUAUGAAGCAGCUGACGAUGCUGACUGGGAAGAAAUCCUCUCUCAAAGAAUCGAGUGGCUGAGGACGAAUCCCGAGAAAAUCAUUCAGAAGAGUUUCGAGGGGGUGCAUGCACUUCUGAUUGACGAUGGACUGGCCCCGCACGAGAGAGUCUAUCCGUACCAUUGGCAUGAUCGGCUUACCAAAGCGCCCAGCAGGCGCAUCGUACGUAUCGAGACUGUUGCUGAACGAUUGAUGGAAAGUAUCCUGCAAGAUGCCACAGAGACCGAUCUCGACGAGGCAAGCUACUUGACCGACACUUGGGUCACCUUUACCGAGGAGUUUGAAAGGGAGAUCCAGGAAGCAAUUCAGGACCCCGACGUUGCCGGCUUCAAAACGAUCAUCUGCUACCGUACCGGACUGGACAUUGAGCCAGAUUAUGAGCAAGCCGCGAGGGACGUCGGGCACCCUUUUGAACGCUAUGUGGACCGCUGCAUCCGGAAACGCAGGUUUCGGAUUGAACGGAAGCCAUUGAACGAUUACCUCGUCUUGCGGACCCUUGAGAUCCUCUCCGAAAGGCUUCAACAUACUGAUGCAUUGGCUAAGCCGCUCCAGCUGCACACUGGACUUGGUGACAACGAUAUUAGCCUUCUGCAGUCCAACCCCGCGUACCUACAGCCUUUGAUUGAGAACUACUCAAGAGUUCCCUUUGUGCUACUCCACUCAGCGUACCCUUAUACACGGGAGGCCGGAUACCUUGCUACUGUCUAUAAGCACGUCUACCUAGACGUGGGCCUGGUGUUCCCGAUGGUCAGCAGAGAUGGGCAGAAGGCCAUCCUUCGUCAGAGUAUGGAGCUGGUUCCGGGUUGCAAGUUGCUCUACUCGACCGAUGGUCACUGGUUUCCGGAAACCUUCUGGCUGGCAAAUAAGCAGUUUAGAGAGGUCUGGCUAGAGCUGCUCGUUGAGUACAUCGAGAAGGAGGAUAUAACACCUCAUCAAGCAAUUGCGAUGACCAAAGACAUUCUCUUCAAUAACUCCAACACGCUCUACGAUCUACGCUACGAUGCCGUAUUCACCGACCCGCCAGCCGAAGCGCCAAGGACAUUGGCAUAUCAUCCUAGGCCGCCGUCGGAGCCGCCACUUUCGCCUUCGUCAGUUCCUCCUCCACCCAGGUCAGUGUCGGGAGCUCAACCGCCAGUGUUCAUUCCUCCACUGCCAACUACUGCUUCUCCGCAAGUGGUGCCUACUUCUCCACAUCCAAUUCCUGCCUUUCCACCUCCGCCCAAAGAACCCCAACACUACAAUGUCCAGCUCUUUGACAAUUUCAUGAAGGAGAAUUCCGAAGUAAAGUUCGUGUACGUCCAAUGGCUGGAUUACAUGGCCACUAUUCGAGCGAGAGUGGUACCGAUCAAAGAAUUUGAACGCAUGAUCCGGGCCGGACACAGAAUUGGAAUCUCCCAGGGAAACACUGGGACACUUCAAAACGAUGGUAUCACGCCCGUCGUUAAUCCCGUGGGGCAGAUAUACGUGGAGCCGGAUCUCCGCUCUCUCCGUCGUACCCACAGGAAAGACCCUCUUCCUUCGGCAACGGUUCUGUGCUUCUGGCGUGACGAAGAGGGCCUCCCGAUUCGCGAAUGCCCCCGGUCGAACUUGGAGAUCCUCUCUAACGAUGUGAAGUACAAUCACGGCAUCAGCCUGCUCUGUGGCUUUGAGAUCGAAGUCACAUUCCUCAAAGUGGACCAUUCAAACAAUGAAGAGCCAUACACGCCGAUGACAAAAACGCAUGCCUGGGGCACAUUGACGCCGGAGCAAUGGCUUCAACUCCCACUUCUGGCCGAGAUGGCGACUUGUCUAUCAGAGGUCGGGAUCGAAGUCCAGCAGUUUCAUGCUGAGUCUGGAGAUGGUCAAUACGAAUUUGUGCUUCCGCCUCAGCCGCCUCUGAUCGCCAUCGAUACUCUAAUCCAGGCUAGGCAAGUCAUCGCGCAAAUAGCAGCUACGCAUGACUUGCGCGCUACAUUACAUCCUAUGCCAUUGCCGGGUAUUGGAACUGCCGCUCACGCACACAUAUCUACGGACCCGCCAGAUAAAGAUCUCCAAUUCUUCGUUGGCGGGGUGCUUCGACAUCUUCCCGCUAUCUGCGCCUUUAGCAUGCCUGAAGCCGUAAGCUACGGCCGCGUCGUAGACGACCAUUGGACAGGUGGUACAUGGGUUGCUUGGGGCACGCAAAACCGAGAGACGCCACUCCGCCGCGUCAAGAACGGGCGAUGGGAAGUUCGAUGUCUAGAUGGGCUCGCGAACAUGUACCUCGCCCUGGGUGCCGUAUGCGCUGCAGGCCUACUUGGACUUAAGGCUGAGGUGACAGAGUUCCCGGAAAAGGAUGUUCCACGUAAUCCCUCGCAGCUGGAUGAGGAGGAUAGAGCAGCGUAUGGAAUUACGCAAAAGAUGCCGGCGAACUAUGAAGAGGCGAUGGAGGCUUUGAGACAGGAUGGGCAGUUGAAUGAGGCGCUGGCGGAGGGAUUAGUAAAGGACUUCUUGCUCAUGAAGGAGAGCGAGCAGAAGAUGCUGAAGGAUAUGGGUGACGCAGGGAGCAGAGUCUUUUUGAUUGAGCGGUACUAAGUUCUUCGACACAGUAUGGAGAGAGGGUAGGAGGCGCUGACGAGCUGAUUGGCUGAUGGCUUUCUGGAUAGCUUACGCUUGGAUGCUUCCUGAAUUUCAUGUAUUAGAUGUUUAACAAUUUAUGAUAUAUGAACGGAUAC